AAGCUCAGUCCAAUCUCAUACGCAGCUCGAAUGCCAUCUUUUUACCUCCUUAUACUGCUGACUCUGUGAGGAAGGAGAUCAUGGUUGUUCUUUGAGGGUUUUUUUCUGACUUUUCUUGCUUCUUUUUUGCUUUCUAAUUUGCUCUAGCAUGGGGUCCAGCAUGUGGGUUCAAGAGGAGCAAAAAAUAUCUUUGUAUUUAGCUGAUACUGUAUAUAGUCCUCCCUCGGUUAAUGCUAGCUGAUACUCAUUCCCUCCAUUAACCUAAACAUCCAAGUACAGGUUCUUCAGGUGAGGAUGUGGGUUAUUUGGAGAACCCGUGAAUGCUUCACACUCUUCAAGUAUUCUCCAGUUGGCUUCUUGAAAUCCACACUCGGCCUUUGCUCUCUUUGAGGCUUCACCCUACGCUGCCUCUUGCCUCUUCCCGCCGGGGACCCUGGCCUCAGGAAGCAGUGUUCUUGGGUGGCAGGGUCUCUUCAGGAUGGCUUAUGCCUGCUCCCUGCAGGUCCUUUUGGUCAACAGGAAAACAUCAUGUGUCUUUUUCCUGCCAAAUGCCUUCCCGUCCAGUCGGCCCUCCCUCUCCACCCUGUAACCGCACUGCUCCAGCCAGUCUUCUGCGUUUGGAAUUCUCCAGAUGGGCGCAAGAGCCCAGGUGCAGAUGCCGACAAAUGCUUGCAGAUGCUGGUUGGCUUUCCUUAGAACUCUCUCUGCUUUCCUCUUUGGUCUCCAAGCAGCACCAGCACCUGCGAUGUGAGGGCUCUGUAAACAUCCAGCCAGAAGCAUGUGUUAUCAGUGAUACUACACUCUUUCCAGUGGGGGGAGACCAUCUUUUCCCCCACCCGCCUCCCCAUCACUGCAGUGAAGGAAGCCUGCCGCAAAAGAGAGUAUCCUGCGUGAUUCCAUGCACAGACCUCCUAAAAGCUGUUGGAAUUUCCUGUGAUGGAAGGAAUAAAGGUGUCUUCUGUUACAUUAAUGAGGUGACCUUUGGAAAACCUGGAAGGACUGAGGCCGUGGUCAGAGGAGCCUACCCAGUGGUGGAGGGUUGGAGGCUUCAGCCUCCAGCCAGGGCCCCUCCCCACCAGGGGAGUGGGGCUAGAGAUUGAGUUCAAUGCCCAAUAGUCAAUGAUUUAAUUAGUGGUGCCUACAGAAUGAAGCCUCCGUAAGAACCCAAAAGGAUGGGGGUUUGGAGAGCUUUUGGUUUGGUGAACAUACAGACAGUGGUGUGCUUGGAGACAGCAUGCAAGCUCUGCAUCCUUUUCGCACACCUUGCCUUAUGCACCUUCUUCAUCUGGCUAUUCCUGAAUCAUAUGCUUUUAUAAUAAAUCAGUCAUCUAGUAAGUAGAAUGCUUCUCUGAGUUCCAUAAGCCACUCUAGCAAAUUAAGCCCAAGGGAGGGGGUCAUUAGAAUGUCCAGUCUAUAGGCAGUUCAUUCAAAGCACAGGUGACAACCUAGACUUGCAACUGGCAUCUGAAGUCAGGGAGGAGGCCUGAACCUGUGGGAUCUGAUGCUCUCUCCGGGUAGGUAGUGUCAGAAUGGAGUUGAAUUGUAGGACACCUAGCUGGUGUUUGAAGAACUGGCUGGUGUGAGCGGAAGAGACCCACACGAUGGAAUGCGGUGAAGAAUCUUAUUAAGAAAUAGUUACCUGCUGCUGGUUCUUAAGAAGUGUCUCUUUCAUUCACAAACAUACUAUGCUGGGAUCUAAGAAUAAAAAGUCUAUUAAGAAUUAGCCUUGGGGCACCUGGGUAGCUCAUUUGGU